AUGGCGGCCGGGCCAGCGAUAGACGCUUCCUGGGGCGCGGUGCUUAUCGGUGUUUUUCUCGCUAUAUUCUUGUAUGGACUCCUCACGCUCCAGGUAUAUGUGUAUCAUGAUAUGUUCCCGAGGGACGUCUGGUGGCUCAAGCUAGUCGUCGCUUCCGUCUGGAUCCUCGACACCCUGCACACGGUGUUCAUCAGCCACCUGGUGUAUACGAACCUGAUCACGAACUUUGGAGACUAUGAGGCUAUCGAGCAUAAUGGUUGGAGCUUUAACAUUAAUGUGCUAAUCACGACGUUUGUGGCGGCCAUAUCUCAGGUGUUCUUCAUACAUCGGUGUUGGAGAUGUACCAUCUUCAACACCAUCGCCAGCAGCGUGAUCCUCCUCUUCGCCUGCGUGCAAUUCGCCUUCGGCUCCCUCUGCACACACCUAACGUUCAUCCUCACAAACUACUCCCAGUUCCUGGAAUAUAAGUGGGCUGUGGACACCUGGCUCGGCUCGGCUGCGGUUACGGAUAUACUCGUUUCUUGUGCGCUGGUUAGGAGCUUGUUGAUGAAGAGGAACGAGGUGCAACGGACGAGGAACUUGAUCGAGAAACUUAUACGGUGGACGGUUACUACGGGGUUGAUCACGAGCGUAUGGGCAUUACUCGACCUUGCCGUGUUCACCGGGAGCGAAACGACGCUCAUCCACCUUUUUUUCAACAUCAUGCUCGCCAAGAUGUACGCCAACACGCUCCUAGCAGCGCUAAACCACCGCACGUCCAACAAACCCGAGGACUCUCCCAUCCUCCCGACCAGUACGGCAGGGCACAGUAUUUCCCUCUCCCGGCUGUCGAGGGGGAGCCGCGCGCUGACGUUGACGACGACGACGACGAUGGCUUCUGCGAGAAGGGGGAGGACGCAGAGUGUUUCUUUUGCGUUGGAUGGGUGUGAGCUGGAUCAGGCAGAGAGGGGGGUGAGAGUGGAUGUGGAGACUGUGACUGCUAGUGUGGGCAGUGGGAGCGUGGACUGCUAUGACGAUGUGGACGUGGACGUGGACGGGGAUGGGGAUGGGGAUGGGGAGGGCGAUGGAGAGAGGGACGAGAGUAAGGUCGAAUUGGAGAUCGAGAGUCCGAGCACGAGCCUGCCUACGCUCGCUAGUGGGAAAGUAGGCGAAGGGUGCUGA